UCUUCUGCCCGUUUGUGUCAUUCUGUGGAGCAAUAUGCGUAUUUAUCAGACGGUUAAAAGGCACAACAAACAAACAUUUAAACAACAGAAACGACACAAAAGAAAUACGAUUGAUAUUGAACACCCUAGCAGAGACAAAGCCGAGAAUGGAGCAGUUACACGCCAGAAUGCACCACGUGAUGAGCCGCAGUGCAAGCUGGGUAAUGAUGUAGAUCCAACCGCUGGUCGUAACGACCACGUGUCCAAGCACGUGACCGUACACGUGCACACACAGAGGAGAGGUAAGAGUCUUGUGGCUGUCAAUCAAGUCGCGAGCAGAACUGACAAACACAUCGAGGAAUUUUCCAAUUGCAACAGCGCUCCAUGCAAAAGCAAAAAUCCCGUAUCGACUUUGAAAGAAUCUCAAAAGCUCGAGCAACUGCAAGUCGAACCUUUUCCUACAGAUAUAUCUCAAAGUCCUGUGAUUGGAGAACUACAAAUGUCACAGGGUACCCAAAAAUGCACGAAGAAUGCAAAUGAGAUAUCAAGUGAGGAACAGAUUCUUCCGAUGAAAGAUCCUGAGAAAAUAACGAUGGACGAAAAUCACGAUAUAAAAUCAACUGUUAGCUCAAGCGAAGAGGAAUCCCUUCCGAUGAAGCAUCCGGUAGUCGUCGAAAGCUGCAAAACAAGCAAUUCUACUUGGGAAUCACGCGGCAAGCAGGCUAUCGUAAUGAGCGACCAAGAGAGAAUGGUCGAAAAUCCCAACGCUAUUGAAGUAGUGCAACACGUUACGUUAAAAGAUUCCAAGAACGCAAUACGAGUCGAAAAGCAAAAAAGCAAUAAGCCUGGGACUUCUAGUGAUGCCCAUCGCUUGAAAAGCAGCCAGAAAGAAGCCAAAGUGACCAAGUUACUGUUGAUGGUGUUUGUGGGGUUUUGCGUGUGUUGGAGUCCUAUUGUCUUGACUAAUGUGACGUUCACAGCAGCUAACAGAAAACUGGGGUACCUUGAUCUGGUAGCCGCUGUGUUUGCCUGCUUAUCGACAGCCAUCAACCCUUUUAUCUACGCUGCCACUAACAGGAUGUUCCGGAAGACAUUUGUGGAGAUUCUUCUCAUGUGUAAACGAUAAUAGUGAUGCUCACCGUCAUCUUAACCUCGGCGCUGUUAUGAAAGUAAAGAAAUGGCGAUGAUGAUGAUGAAGAUGGUUAUAGUCAUGAAAAUAUUGAUGAUGAUUAUGAUUAUAAAAUAUAUAUAAAAUUGCAUUUUUACUUGGUAACUUAAACAUCUUGGGGAAUCCGAUUGCACAUAAUUUCCAAUUUUAAGCGCACAUAAGAUUUUUAAAAAAUUACAUAAAACACUUCUUUCCCUAUAUAUCUUAUAAACGAUUUUCUGUGGCGUACAAAUAAGAAGGAGCAAGGAAAAUGACUACUACUUUCCAUAAAAUCCAUCUGAGAACUUUUAGUAAUUAAACCUAAACGUACAAUAUUUUUCAAUUUUAUGCAACACUAUAAUUUAAGUAUAAUUUAUAUGCAUUUUGGACAAUUUUGCCAGCAUAUGCACUUACCGCCAGGCUGCCUAUAUCUUACACGAACCAUUUAUUACUUGAAAGGUUAUAAGGAACUGUUCAAGUUAUUAAAGAGUUUUUAAGAAUGUUUAACAAUGACCUCCUGAAGUAGGAAUUAUCCUACUUGAUUAUCCUUAUUGAAAAUCCUUAGGAAAAAACCUCCAUAGUGAGGCUGGCAGG